AUGGAUAGUAAACGAAAAGAAGUCGCCUCGUUAUAAACUUCGUUGAUAUUACCUGUAAACAUUCACGUCAAAUUACCACGUGAAACACAGGAAGUUUGCCGCAUCAAAGUCGAAGUUACCCGAGCAGUGGCAGCGGAUCCGGAAGUAUGGGACGAUUGUUCACGAGAAAUUCAUCGGUUAGCUCGCAGAGUUCGUUAGAGGGAGCAUCUGGGCCAUCCACCCAUCGUACCGGCGGCACUUCGACCCAGAUUCGACCGUUCGGACCUGAUGGACGAUAUCACCGGGAUCCUUUGCAUGCUGCAUCAUCUUAUCCACCCAGCAGGAGCUCCAGAUCGCCAUCGCCUGGUCGUGCCGCAUCGCUAGAUGCACGCUGCGGAAGUCCAGCCAGUUGUUCCGGAAGUCUUCUAAGCAGUAAUGCAUCACCAUCUCAGAGCUCUCUGUCGUCCCUGGCAACAGGUGUGAGCUCUUCCUGCGGUGGUUCCUCGAUAAACGUUACCCACGGAGCUUCCAGAUCAGCUGGCCGAAGUCUUUCACCCCUUCUUAUUCCACCAUCACGCAUCUCCGCAAGAAAUGGAAAGAGUCUGGGCCGGCUCCAUUUGCGAUUCAAAUACGACUUCGAUCGAUCGGAUUUGCAUGUACACCUGAUCGAGGCUCACGAUCUGGCUGGUAGUGAUCAAGGAGGAUUCAACGAUCCUUACGUGAAGCUGACGCUCAGCCCUGAAGUGGAUUCGAGAAAACGGCAGACGCAGAUAUACCGUAACGAGACGAACCCGUUCUUCGAUCAACAAUUCAAAUUCCCCGUCAGCAACGACGAACUUCAGGACAGAACCUUGGUUUUGCAGGCAAUUAACACGAAUAUCAUUGCUGUAGUCUACGUGCUCGACUACGAUCGUUUCUCCAGAAACGAUAUAGUAGGUUCUGUCAAAGUGCCGCUGAAUAUUUUACGAUUAGAUUCCCCUACCUCGACCGAGGAAGUUUGGGGGGAAAUUGAACGUGAACGGAAGCCACCCGAACAAAUUCAAGAAGUUCUACUGUCGCUCUCUUAUCUGCCAAGCGCCGAACGGCUAACAGUCCAGAUUUUAAAGGCCAGGAAUCUGUUCCCGCCACAGGACAAAGAAACCUUAGAUUCCUUCGUGAAAGUAAAUCUCCUUUGCGGGGAGAAGAGGGUGAAGAAGAAGAAAACUGCUGUGAGGAAAGCGACGACCAGCCCCGUUUGGAACGAGGCGAUGUCCUUUAACGUUCCUGCCAACUAUCUUGCGUCAUCGGCCAUCGAGGUAUGUGUGAUGGACUCGAGCAACGAAUUCAUCGGUGGAAACGUAAUCGUCGGUUCCUGUAUCGUUGGUCCAGCGACGGGAGUGAUUCGAGGAGCGGAAGGAAGUCAGGGAAGAGAGCACUGGCUUCACAUGACCCAAUCGCCGAGGAAAACCAUCGACAUGUGGCACACGUUGCACUAAAGGCAGAAGGGAAAUAGAGAAGAAAAUGAAUUGUCAAUCGAUGUUCUAUUCGUCGUGUUAUUGUCUUCUGAAGAAACAAAACGUGCCCGUUUUGUGGAUACGUGGAUACGUAGUCUUUAUUUCUGUUUCGUUCCAUUUCGCUUACUUUCGGAUUGCUGAGAAAAGAAGUACAAUCAGACAGCGUAUGAUAAAAGUAACCUCUAUAUGUAAACAAGCGUAGCAAUGUUAUAUAUGUGAAAACCGCUUUUAUGGAUGUACUCGAGACCAUUAACCCAUUUGCAUCCAAGCGC